AAAGAAGCCAGUCUGUCGAUACAUUCAAUUUAAAUUUAUAAAUUUUAAAAAUUUGAUGUUCUUGUUUUUGUUCUUAAGCAUUUUUAAUUUUUUUUCAAACUAUUAAGAACGGAUCGGUCAUCAAAAUUUAUUUAGAAAAUUUUUAUUUAGAUGAAGCGGAUUGCAGUUUCUUGCGGAGAAUUUCAAUAAAACUUAAAAUUUCUUGUCCGAUGUGUGGUGCCUGUCUCUUUUAAUGAUGGAGACGAAGACUCUUGCUCUGAAAUUGAUUGUUUAUCUACUCUUAAGAGAUGUCCAGUCAGCCACGCCCGACCACGGCACCACUCAACUCUCCAGAUCAAACAGCAACGGCGAUAUCAGCCCCGAGACUCACACCGACUACGACAACAGAAGUUACCUCGGCAACCACAACAGUUUAAAAUCAAAGUUAUUUAAUAAAUACCACGAGAGAGAGUUCGUGCCACACAUAUUGAUGACAACCCGCGCAAAGAGGAUCGGAUCACCGUUCACGUGUUUGUUCUGCAGUGGACACACCACCAUCUGCGAUCCCACCAUCGCCUGCUACCCCCACACCAUCGAUCAGUUCGUCAGGUCCGUUGGCCACCCGAUGAAAACUCACAAGCAGGUCAAGUUGAAGAAACAACAACCGAAAAGAUACGCCAUCAUUGUGGAAGGGCUUGACCAUGCCCCCAAGUAUGCACCUCCCAUCCAUCAAAAGAACAACAUCAGAUUCCCCUAAGGCCACAAUCUCCAUUACGAUUAUGCUUCUAACUAUGUAAAUGAUAUUUAAGAUGUUAAUGAAGAUACUUUCGAUGAUAACAAGUGAUAAUAAUAAAAAUAAUAAUAUAAUGAUGAUUAAUGAUGAUGAUGAUGUUUUUCUUGAGUACACCGGCCGUUACAAUGAUUUCGUUGGAUGACAUUUCGUUCAAAACAUCCCUUACUCCACUGCUAUUCAUUCAAAUUUUGUCAAAUUUAUAACUUGAAACAUAUAUAUAUAUAUUAUUUAUUUAUUUAUUUAUUUAUUAAGAUUUUUUAAUCCAGUAAAACUUUUGUUGCCACACAA